AUGAGUGCGACCGGACCGCCAAACUACUCUGACGGGGUGAGAAGGAGGGCCAACGAAUUCGCUGGCCAGGAAGAAGCAGAGGCGAGAAUCAACGAGGAAGCGCAUCCCGACCCCGACUGGCCCGUUUGGCUUGACGAUCAUGCUGCCAGUCUGGUCGAGAACCUGGCCACGCGCGCCAGCAACCAGCUUGCGUUUCUCAGAAAGGCCUGGCAAUUGCUCAAGGGACCGCUGCUAUGCCUCUUGUCCUUCAUCACGAAGCCCAUCCGCUUUGUCCUCGAGCGUUUUCUCAGCCGCCUCGUCGACAUAGCGAUUUCCUGCUUGAUGCUCUGGGUGAUAUGGACAUGGUUCAGGCCGUGGGCUUGGAUUACGGCGAUGGCGAGGGCGCUUUGGAGCGAGCUUGGGCCUGGUGUUGACGCCUUCAUCCCUUCCAACCCCUUCACUGUUGGCCGGUACAAAACAUCCAGCGCGAAACCGACCCAGUUUCCAUCGGCGGCCGAUUUGGGAAUUCUUUCUGUCGGGCACCUCGACAGCCAGCAGAUGACCAGCGAUCUAGCUGCAAUGGCUUUUGCGAGCUUUACGUGGACUUGGUCUUCGAUCUGGCAUUGGCGGAGCCUCGGGGCCUAUAUCAAAAGCGCAGCAGCGCUGGACACCCAAGCGCUGGACCUCUACAACCAUCGGCUUUCAGUUGCGCAGGAGUCGUAUGAGCUGGGCGUCCUGGCGCGCAGGUCGGGCGGAGAACAAGACGACCUGGCCGUCACAGUCCUUCGGAAUCUGCGCUACCACGCCGAGAUGCUCUCGAUCGAGGUGGGCACGCUGCUCGGCAAACUGGACGGACUAGAGGCCGCUAUUGCGGGCGUCGAACACCAUCACACGCAACUGAUGGGCCUCGUGUGUCAAGACGAGCUCGUCCAAGACGAGCUCGCCCAGUACAAGGAGCUGGGCCGCCGCCGCGAGCUGGUGCAGGACGGGGGUAAACGGGUCAACGAGGCCCAGGGCCGCGAGUCGAGCGAAGCAAAAAACCAACUCGAGGCUCUGGUCCGAGACAAGGAGGAGGCUCAAGACAAGGGGGCACGCGGAGUGGUGAUGUGCACGGCGGCAAAGUGGUACCAUGGCAAGAUCCGGGAGCUCCAAGGCACGCUUUCCGGCAGAUUUUGCGCGGACAAGAACGGGAGGCGGCCGCGCCUGGGCAUCAGGAGAAUCAACGAGGCGCUACAGAAGUGCCUGCGCAAGCAGAUGACGGAGAUGACCGUGUGCCUCAGCGCCUCGGCUCGUACCUGGUGGCCGUGGCAAAGCGCGCAUGGAGGCGAGGACCGCUGCAACUCUGCGGCGAGCUACCUGCGCGGCGACAAUCUGGUCGCACUUAGACGCUGCGCCGACACUUACCACAGCAGGUGCCUCGACGCGGCAAAGAAAGGACUGUGCGGCGAGUAG